CAUUAAGUUUCAAAAUCCACUUAUUUUUACUUAAACAAGUUGGUGUUAUGAUUAGGAGAAAAAAAAGAAAAGUAUUUGAAGGAUAUAUCCUAGCUAAGGAGAUGUAUCAUUGAAGAAUAAAUAAAGUGUUUUUCAUCUUAAAGACCUUGGUCUUUAAAAACUUGGAGAGAAGAAACAAAGCACUAAGUUUGCAAGAAAUAGCCAAUUUAUAAUAAGAUGACUACUGCAAGGUUCAUCAAAUGUGUGACUGUUGGUGAUGGAGCUGUUGGUAAAACUUGUAUGCUAAUUUCCUACACUAGUAAUACUUUUCCUACGGAUUAUGUUCCAACGGUGUUCGACAAUUUCAGUGCAAAUGUGGUGGUGGAUGGCAGCACCGUUAACCUUGGCCUGUGGGAUACUGCAGGACAAGAAGACUAUAACAGGCUAAGGCCAUUAAGUUAUAGAGGAGCUGAUGUCUUUUUGCUUGCUUUUUCUCUUAUAAGCAAGGCAAGCUAUGAGAACAUUUACAAAAAGUGGAUCCCUGAGUUGAGGCACUAUGCUCCUACUAUACAAAUUGUUCUAGUGGGAACUAAACUAGACUUGAGGGAAGAUAAGCAAUAUUUAAGUGAUCAUCCAGGGGCUACUCCUAUAUCAACCGCCCAGGGAGAAGAGUUGAAAAAGAUGAUAGGAGCAGUUGCCUACAUUGAGUGCAGCUCCAAGACUCAGCAGAACGUGAAAGCUGUAUUUGAUACUGCAAUUAAGGUAGCAUUGCGACCCCCUAAGGUGAAGAAAAGACCACAAAAACGAAGGACAUUAUGUGCCAUUCUUUGAUUAUUAAUAUGCAUCUUUGAAUAUUAUUCAAUUAUAUUCUUUUCAUUUUGUAACAGUAUAAGAGAAGAAAAGCCUCACUUUGUAAUUUUCCUUUUUUUAUUAUUUAGCUGUUGGGUCAAGUAUUGAAGUAAAGUUCCCCUUUUAGGCAUAAUAAAAUCUUGUCAUAGUA